UAUAUGAUUAUGAUUCAGAAAUUGAUAUAAAUGCUUCCAGAGAAUCUUGGCAUGGACUAUUGGCGGAAACUAGUCAGAGCUCUUUCGGAAGUACAGCCAGUCCACCUUUGGUUCUUGAUGAGACUGGUGGUGUAGCAAGUGGUGCUGAAGCUGGAAAUGCUUCCAGUCAGCUUCGUCGAUCAGCCAACAAAUCGAUUGGUUAUCAAGGCCAAGCAUAUCGUCGUGCCUUUCAAACAAAGGCUCUUGGUGACUUUAACCGUGGUCCACUGUUGAGUGCCGCUCAUCCAUUCCAAGCAUCCACGUCCCUUCCAAGUAAGUUCCAUUCAUCUACUCGACCGAAUGAAGCCCAAAUUUCGUAAAAGCUCAAGUCAACCUUCUCGCUCAUUGUCACCGCCAUCACUUCGUUUUGCUUCGCCUUCCAUUGAUGAAGGGUACUAUCGUGGUUCAAAGCCCAUUCCAACAACCCCAACUGGGUCUCCAUUUCAAAUUAAAAAACGUCGCCUUCCUGCAGUUCCAUUCCUUCGCCGAGCGAGUCGUGAUCGUGAUAUUGUUGCUCAGGAAGCUCAAGGAUAUGAUUCAGCCAUUGGCUCAUCAGGAUAUCCUUUACAACCAGAGAUCAGUUUAGCCGGUCGAUCCAAACAGUACAAAACAUCGCUUCAUCAGCGUCGUUCUACCGAAGCCUUAACAUCGGGCGGAAUGUAUUCCGACAGUGAGAUCGUCAAUAGACCACAAUAUGAUAGACUCUUCUAUGCCCAUCCACAUCGAAGCUCAACCUCAAGUCGGGGUCGCAAUCGACGAGGAUCCGAAAUAAAUCAAUCAUCUGAUGCUUAUGCCGGAGAAAAAGCACCAGUUGAAAGACGAGAUAGCAGACAAAAGCACACUUCUGGGCGAACUGAAUUGGAUGCCCCGGGCAAUGAUAACCUGGCUGGAACUGGAGUAAGACAUCGUAAAGAACGUGGAUCUAUUAAAGUUAAACCAGGAAAUGUCGCAAGUGAAGAUGAAUCUGAGUCAAGCUCUAAAGCAAGCGAAAAUAGUGCCUUUUCUAAUAUUUCCUCUCGACCUAGAAUGAGUCGAACUCAAGGGUAA